AUGACUCAUCGUGCUUUGAAAAGCGGAGCGGAAUCUACAGAAUCAUCAGAAAGCCAAAAAGAAGCGGAAUCUCAAAUCAUGUACGAACGUGUGGAGACUGUGGCUCUUGGAAUUGCACAAGCCUUGUCGUAUAUGCACCAGCGAGCCAUCGUCCACCGGGAUUUGAAACCUGCCAAUGCUGGCUUUAAAAAAACUGCGGGCGAAGUUUGCAUCUUUGACUUUGGAUUCGCGAGAGACCCCACGAGCUGCAACUUGUCUCACUUCAGCAACCGAAGCGAUCAAAGACAGUAUCCAUCGAAACUUGGAAUGCAUGUGGCUCCCUGA